UAGCAGGGGGAUGUGGGGGAAUCAUCGGGGAUGUGCGAUAUGGAAAGGCUCCGUUGCAUGGAAGGGAGCACAACUGACACUCGUCUGUCUGACUGGAGUGGUUGCCUCGGCCGUGUCGCUGGUGUUCCACUUCUGUUCCUACCACUGAGUGCCCCUCAACAACAGCUCCUUCCAGUGGCACUCUCUCUCACUGCGUAGAGUCUAGAUUACCCCCUCCCCCAAGCAUUGAUUGAUUUCGUGUUCUCUCCAUUGCUCCUUAUUCAAUUUGUUGAACGCUGCGCCGUCUGUGUGCUGUUCCUUCCUGAGUUCCAGUGGGCGUUCGAUCCCACAAUGAGUAUCGUAGCUCAUGGCAUGGCGACCAUUGGGGGCGAUUUGGUUGCUGCUGGAGCUGCUGCUGCUCAUGGGGGAUGGGUUCCGCGUAUGACUGGGUCGAGAUCCUGCGACGGAUGGCGAGGACGGGUGUUUCUGUCGGGUGGUGGUGUAUGGAGGAGCGACUGUGGGGAUGUCGGGAGAGGGGUGGCUGCCAGGGGGAGUGGGAGGGGUAGAUGGACGUCGGUGGUGAUUGCUGGGAGGCAGUUAGGGAGAGGAGAAGGGAAGACGAGCUCGAUGGUUGCGUCGGCGUCAGUGAUGGAGGGAAGAGUCGUGGUUAAGGAUGCGCGGAUUGAUAACGAGCUGCAGAGGGACAGUUUUCAGCUUGAGACAUAUUUGGCGCCAUUGAAAUCGGGAAGGCUUAUUGACAAUCUUCUAUACAGAGAGAAGUUUGCGAUUCGGUGCUACGAGGUUGGGACGAAUCGCGCUGCUUCGAUGGAGACGAUUGCGAAUCUCUUGCAGGAAGUAGCAUGUAAUCAUGCUCAAAGCGUGGGGUUUUCAACAGACGGUUUUGCCACUACUCCGAUCAUGAGACAGAAGCACCUCAUUUGGGUCACAACUCGCAUGCACAUUCAGAUGCAGGAAUACCCUAUCUGGGGCGAUGUUGUUGAAAUUGACACCUGGUAUCAAGGAGAGGGUCGGAUUGAAACUCGUCGGGAUUGGAUCAUAAGGAAUGACAAAACGGGUGAUAUAAUUGGAAGAGCGACGAGCACUUGGGUAAUGAUGAAUAUGGAUACUAGGAGGUUGUCAAGGAUUCCUGAUGAUGUGAGGCAAGAGUACAUGCCAUUUGUGCCUGUUCCACCAAGGUGGGCUUUUGAUCCUAAAGAGGAGAAGAACAGCAGCAUCAAGAAGAUCGGGAGGCCAGGUGUAGCCCAGUUUGAGUGCUCCAAUCUGAUGCCAAGACGGAAUGACUUGGACAUGAAUCAACAUGUGAAUAAUGUAACGUAUGUAUGUUGGAUGCUUGAGGCAAUCCCACCAGAAGUUCCAAAUAAUUAUGAAUUGACUCAGAUUACACUUGACUACAAGCGUGAAUGCAAGUCAGAUGACAUUGUUGAAUCUUUGGUCAUACCUGAAAACACAGUGACCGGGGAAACCAUUUCCUGGCUCUUGGAAUCCAAAUGUGCAACUGGCACCAGUAACGGUUCAUAUAACUCCGUCGGAAGCAAUGGCAACUACUCGCCAGAACCUAAGCAUUCGACGCUACUUUUCGUACAUGUUUUAAGACUGACGAAUGAAGGGAAAGAGAUCAACCGAGGCAGGACUGAGUGGAGAAGAAAAUCUAACCCACGAGGAAGCCACUAAAGCACCUUGAAAAGAAAGUGCACAGGUCUUGUACAGCUGUAUAUAAAUAUCUAUUUAACUUGGAGGGACGCUUGAGCAGCAGUUUUUCCUGCAACCAAAUUUUUACUGGCUGAUCGGUGACCGGCAAGGAGGUCACCGUUGAGGCUUCAGAUGGUUGUAGAACAAUUCUGACACUUUUUUCGGUUAGUUCGGGUUUGGCACCAAAUGCUGGAGCUUUUUGCCAAGCAUUGAAGAAGUGGCUCAAUCUGUACGAUUCAAACACCGCGCUUCCCCAAUGGUUACCUAUUUUAAUAUUUGGUAUUACGAUGUGAAUUCAUUUUUGACCUUAAGCCACAGAGCCAGCAGCGUUCAUUGUCAAGCAUUCUGGUUGAUAAAGAUACUGAUAAUCCAGAUUGAAAGCAUGUUGUAGCUGCUAAGUACUGGUGUCGAUUGCCUUUGCAUUCGUCCCCCACGUGCGAGCCCAAAAAUUAUACGCAGUAGGCCUAGCCUGCAGUAGAGCUCAAGAGUGACUGCAAGAGGAGUGUUCGUAUUCAGUGUUCUGUAAAUUAAUUUUGUGUCUUUGUGCGCUUCAAUGCACAACAUAUACUUGUCUAAGCUUCAAAUUGUGUGACUGAUUGAAUCUCA